UGGUAUGCAAAAUUAUGCUAGAAAGAACUGAUUUGAUAAUUUGAUAUAAAUGUGUGGCAUAUAUACAAUAUAUGCCCUGCAAUUAAACGAAUCACUGGGUUAUUUGUGAAGCACAAGCACAAGGCAGGUAUAUAACUGUUCUGAAAUGGCUUCUUUCGGCGAUGGAAAAUACUUAAUCGAGAACGUCGAGACCAAACGCUACUUGUUCCAGGAUGGUGAAAAGCUCAAGGGUGAACGUGGCAGCGAAGGUGGUUGGUUAGCGAGCUCUGGCUUUGAAUCACCAAAAUGUGUUGGAGCUGACGCCAACUACUACAACAGAGCUUAUUGGAAGUUUGUGCCACAAGGCGAAGACAAGUACUUCAUCGAGAAUGUGGAAACCGAGCGCUAUUUGUUCCAAGACGGACCGAAGAUUAAGGGUAAUCGUGGCAGCGAAGGUGGUUGGUUAGCAAGCUCCGGAUUUGAAUCGCCAAAAUGUGUUGGUGCUGACGCUAAUUACUACAACCGCGCUUACUGGAAGCUGGAACCACAAGGCGAUGGCAAAUACUUCAUUGUCAAUGUUGAAACUCAACGUUAUCUCUUCCAAGACGGUCCUGAACUCAAGGGUGAGCGUGGCAGCGAAGGUGGUUGGUUAGCAAAUUCUGGGUUUGAAUCUCCAAAAUGCGUCGGAGCUGACGCCAAUUACUACAACCGAGCUUAUUGGAAGAUCAUUAGUCAAUGA